AUGCGAUGUGCUACCGAAGCAGCCAGAAAGGCGGUUGCACGUAUACGUGAAUCCGAAGAGAAUUCUUCUCUUGCUCCAUCAGCGGGUGAUCCUUCUCCUGCUGUUGCGAUUCAGCAAUACGUGGUGCCUGUUAUGAACAGUUUACGGGGUGAGUCACCACGUGCGACAGAUACAUCCGCUGCGUCUGCAGCGGGUACUGCGACUCGCAAUGUAGAUGAGCCUGAAAUGGAGCUCAUCUAUUCUGGCGAGUCGGAUGAUGCAUCCGACUCGAAGGCGACACCUCACGCCUCCGGAUCAUCCGGUCAGACACUGCAAGAGACAGAUUGA